GUGACCUCCCCGGAGGCCCCGGCCGUUUUCAAUGGCCUGAGGGACCGCGUCGCCAGGUGGGUGCAGAAGAGCAACAAGGCCCUGAGCGACCAGUCGCUGCCCAUCAAGGUGGCGGCCUACCGCAACACGUGGUGCAUACUCUACGAGCAGCCGAGCCCCUACCACUUCCUCUUCCAGUACUACCUGCGCGACGCGGGCGUGCAGAUGGCAUGGGUCGGGACGGGGAAGAUGCUGCUGAACCUCGAGUACUCUGAAGAGGACGACCUGGAGCGGUUAACCAGCCUCAUACUGAAGGCCGCGAAGGCGUUCCAAGCGGACGGCUGGUGGUAUCAGGGCACCAUGCCCGGCAUCGGUUACUUGGCCAACCUGAUCGUCGGCCCGUCGCUGCGGUUCCACUUCGGCAGCCUCCUGAUGCUGCUGGGGGCGGAGAACGAGUACGCUGCGUUCCACUGCCAGGUCAUCCUAGCUAAGGACCCGACCACGCGCAUGGAGAAGCAGGAGCAGUUCGUCAACAAGGCCAAGAAAGCGCUGACGGCCGCCAAGGGCGCCCAGUUCGCCGCGGAGCUGGCGGCGGAGGCGUACAGGGCGGAGACGGCCAAGGCCCUGAAGGAGUACCAGCACGCGCAGGAGUUCAUGGCGCAGAUGGACACCAGGGACGGCGAGGCCAAGCACAUCGACCGCAUCGCAGAGGACAUCUGCGAGGCCGCGUGGAGCAACACGGUGGACCGCAGGGCCGGCAUGAUCAACUGGAUCUGGGAGCUGCGGCGGCGCCUGCGGCGCCUGCGGCUUCGGCGUGAUCCGAGCAAGGGGCCGCGUGCCCCAGGGGCAGCAAGUUUCUACUCCGUCGAGCUCGGUUUCGACAGCAGUGCCGAGUUCACGCGGCACAUCCUCUUCCUCGACGGGAUCUCAGGUGCGCGAGGACAGAGCUUCAUCAGGGGAGGCUCAGACUUCAUUGCCGACACCUGGUCGUUCGAGGCCUUCGGACACCCCGGGCCAGCGGGCCCGUACCCCGAGGCCGACGGCUACGGCGAGGAGUUCGAGGCUGCCGGUGACGAGCUUGAGGCGGCCGAGGAGGCCGAGGCGGCGCAGGAGGAGGCCGAGGAGCCGCAGGAGGCCGCCGGCGCCGAGGAGGGCCAGGGCGCCGCCGCCGCGGAGGAGGCUGCGGGGCUCGAGGAGGCGCCGCAGGAGGAGUUCGCGGAGGAGCCGGUAGAGGCUUCGGCGGAGGAGCGCCGGCGCGCCGCCCGAGGAGGUCGCCGUCACCGAGGUGCCCUCGCGGGAAGCCGACGCAGCCGAGGCGGCCGCGGCGGCCGAGGUGGCGGCGCGCCUGGAGGCCCGCGUGGCCGAGCUGGAGGACCUGAGGCGCUCGCCGCGGAGAGGUCCGCCCGGGAGGCCGAGACGGAGACGCUCCUGCUUCGCGUGGCCGCCCUCGAGGCGCACGUGUCCAGACGCCGGGAGGAGGAGGCCGGCGUCGGUGCUGAGGAGCUGCGGGAGGCGGAGCGCAGGCUGCAGAGGCGAGUUGCGGUCGGCGCCCUCGCCGAGGCCGAGCGCCGGGAGGACGAGGUCGCGCUGCGGGACGCCGUGGGCGCGGCGGAGGCUGCCGGGGUGGAGCCUGACAGGAUCCAGGCCCUCCGCGGCGCCCCGCCCGCCCUACGCGCUGCCGCCGAGCCGCGCGCCGAGGGGCCGGCCGCGGGCGCGGGCGGUUUCGCGGCCGCCGCGUGCUCGCUCGUGGCCGCGGGCGCCGUGGGCGCAGCCGCGAACCGCCGCCGCGCAUCCGCUAAGGUGUGGACCUAG